AUGAACCUUUUCCAGCAGUUCCACAGGGCUGCUAACCUCUACUUCCUGUUCUUGGCGCUGCUGAACUGGGUGCCAGCGGUUGAGGCCUUUCAGAAGGAAAUUACCAUGAUUCCGCUGGUGGUGGUUCUCGCCGUCAUCGCCAUCAAAGAUGCACUGGAAGACUACAGACGCUAUUUGUUCGACAAGAAGGUCAACAACAAUGUUGCACGGGUAUUCUGUGGCAAACAGAAAUCCUACAAUGACCAGUGCUGGAAGGAUGUGCGAGUGGGAGACUUUGUGCAUCUGUCCUGUAAUGAAAUCAUCCCUGCUGACAUGCUGCUGCUGUAUUCCUCUGACUCCCGUGGGGUCUGCUACAUUGAGACCGCCAACCUGGACGGAGAGACCAACCUGAAACAGAGACAGGUGGUUUCAGACCUUCCACUGCAGGGAGAAGAGUUCACCCCUGAUGGCUUCCCCUGCCGGAUCGAGUGUGAGAACCCCAACAAUGACCUCAGCAGGUUCAGAGGCUACAUGGAGCAUUCCAGUGGGGUUCGUGUUGGCCUCCAUAACAGCAACCUCCUGUUGAGGAGCUGCACCAUCCGCAACACUGAGACGGUGGUGGGCAUCGUGGUCUAUGCCGGUCAUGAGACCAAAGCCAUGAUGAACAACAGUGGGCCGAGGUACAAGCGCAGCCAGCUGGAGAAGCGUCUGAACACAGACAUCCUGUGGUGCGUGGUUCUGCUCCUCAUCAUGUGUCUGACAUCUGCUGUAGGUCACGGCCUCUGGCUGAAUAACCUGAAAGAGCCCGUCUUUGGGGUUGAUACGGACACGUCUCCUGCCUUGGCUGGAUUCUAUGUCUUUUGGACUAUGAUCAUUGUGCUCCAGGUGCUGAUUCCCAUUUCUCUGUACGUGUCCAUUGAGAUUGUGAAACUGGGUCAGAUCUACUUCAUCCAUAACGACGUAGACCUGUACAACGAGCAGCUGGACUCCAGGAUCCAGUGCCGGGCCCUCAACAUCACUGAGGACCUGGGUCAGAUCCAGUACCUGUUCUCCGAUAAGACAGGGACUCUGACAGAAAACAAGAUGGUGUUCUGCCGCUGCAGUAUCUAUGGGGUCGAAUAUCCUCAUGUCGAAAAUGCUCGAAGACUGGAGGUGUACGAGGCGGAGAAGAACGAGGCAGCAGAUCACUCUGUGACCCUGAGGUCGGGCUGCAGUGCUAAAUCUCGGAGCUGUCGCUCCCUCAGCUGCAACCGCAGCUCUGUGUCUCUGCAUACACUCACUGCUGAGUCAGAGGAGGAGGACGAACAACUGUCCAAUCAGAUCCAGGCCAGAACCAGUGCCUUCUGCAGCCGCAUGGCGAAGGAGGUGGUGCCAGACCCUGAGCUGGUCAGGAAGUUGAACUGGUUUUCUUCCCCCCUGAAAGAGGCCUCCUCUGGGACUCCCUCCAGCCUGGAACUCGCCUACAUCACUGACUUCUUCCUGGCACUGACCAUCUGCAACAGUGUGGUGGUCUCCUCUCCCAGUCAGCCUCGACAUGUGGUGCCUGAAGCACGAACACCUCUCAAGUCUCUGGAGGAAAUCAAGCUGAUGUUCCAGCGCUUCAGCUUCUCUCCGUUUUCUGCACUGUCCACGUUCUCCCCUCCCCAGAUCAGAGGCAGCCCUCGCAACUUCACCAGCAGGCUGUUCACCAGGGGGAAGACCGGCUCCUUCUCCCCAUCCACCAACAACGCUACAGACGGCUCAGACCCAGGGAGAGACGGCAACAUGGAAACCCCCAAGCUCAGGUGUAAACUGGACUUUUCUGCACCAGGGGAGGGAGGAAAUGCUGCACAGGCGGAGGACCAUAUCAAGAAAGAUGAUAACAAGGAUGCAAAGACAAGCCCAGAAGGGCCCAGACAAGAAGUGGAAGAGGACUCUGAUAGUGACGUUGAUGAUGAGCUGCUGUAUGAGGCAGAGAGUCCAGACGAGGCGGCUCUGGUCCACGCAGCUCGGGCGUACCGCUGCACCUUAAGGGGACGCUCUGCUGAAAGCCUGCUGGUGGAUCUGCCAGGAAUCGGCUCACUGGCUGUGCAGCUGCUUCACAUCCUGCCCUUCGACUCCAACAGGAAGAGGAUGUCGGUGGUGGUCCGCCACCCACUCACAGGACAAGUGGUAGUUUACACCAAGGGAGCCGACUCUGUUAUCAUGGACCUGGCCGAGACUUCUAAAGGAGCAGAGCAAGCUCAGGAGAUCUACAGUCACAUCAAAGAUCAAACCCAGAAACAUUUAGACAGCUAUGCCAGAGAAGGCCUCCGCACACUCUGCAUCGCUAAAAAGGUUCUGGAGGAAGAGGAGUAUGAGGUGUGGCUGAAGAGACAUCUGCUGGCAGCGAGCAGCAUAGAGAACAGAGAGGAGCUGCUGCUGGACUCAGCUCAGAGACUGGAGACCAACCUCACCCUGCUGGGUACCACAGGGAUUGUCGACCGACUGCAGGAGGACGUCCCAGAGACCAUUGAAGCUCUUCAGAGGGCUGGGAUCAAAGUCUGGGUCCUCACUGGAGACAAACAGGAGACGGCCAUUAACAUCGCCUACGCCUGCAAACUCCUCCGUCCCAAUGACCAACUGCUGACAGCCAACUGUGGAAGCAAGGAUGCUUGUGGAGCUUUACUCAAGCAGCUCAAACUAGAAGUGAAGUGUGGACAGGAUCCUGCAGCCGGGGCUCAUGGGGAAUCCUCCUCCGGCAGCGUGUCCAGCUUCAUCCUGGUUAUAGACGGCCAGACGCUGGACUGGGCGCUUCAGGACGAGCUGAAGAGUGACUUCUUAGAGCUGAGCUGCAGAUGCAAGGCGGUCAUCUGCUGCAGGUCCACUCCACUGCAGAAGAGCGAGGUGGUUCAGCUGAUCCGCGACCAGCUUAGCGUCAUGACUCUGGCAGUGGGUGAUGGAGCCAAUGACGUGAGCAUGAUUCAGAUGGCUGAUGUGGGCAUUGGGAUAUCAGGUCAAGAGGGAAUGCAGGCGGUGAUGUCCAGUGACUUUGCCAUCUCCAGGUUCAAACACCUCAGCAAGCUGCUGCUGGUUCACGGUCACUGGUGCUACUCUCGUCUGGCAAACAUGAUCCUCUACUUCUUCUACAAGAAUGUGAUGUAUGUCAAUCUGCUGUUCUGGUAUCAGUUCGUCUGUGGGUUCUCUGGGAGUGUCAUGACCAACUCCUGGGUACUGAUCUUAUUCAACCUGAUCUUCACCUCCGCUCCUCCCCUCAUCUAUGGCAUUCUGGACCAAGACAUGCCUGCAGGAACCCUGAAGGGGGUUCCUGAGCUCUACCAGGCUGCACAGACCUACAAGAUUUAUGUUCCCCACGUGUUCUGGAUCACUGUCCUGGAUGCAUUUUACCAAAGCCUUGUGUGCUUCUUCAUACCUUACUUUGCACUGACGGGAUCAGACGUGGGGAUUCUGUCCUUUGGCUCUCCAAUCAACGCCUCUGCUCUCUUCAUCAUCCUGCUGCACCAAGUCCUCGAGAGUCACACUCUGACUUGGAUUCACGGUCUGGUGCUGCUGCUCAGUGGGGGCUCCUACUUUGGCUUCGUGCUGCUCUUCAGUGUGUCCUGUGUGACCUGCAGCCCCCCCACUAAUCCUCUGGGGGUGGAAACACUCCAGAUGUCCCAGCCUCUCUUCUACAUCAUAUGUGCAGUCACUACUUUCACAGCUCUGUUACCCAGGAUGUUGUUUCGAGCUGUGUACAGCACCAUACACCGCACCGCUGCCCUGAAGUCCUCUCAUGUGGAAAAGGUGGAGUCAGAGAACUACCGCAAGAGAAUGCAGCAAUGGAACCUGAGCCACCACAGAGUCAACCGGCUGCAGGUGUGCGCCGACAACCCCGGCCUGGAGCCCAGCACAGCCUCAGUGGUGUCCUGACCUCUACACACACAGACAGACAGAGCUGUUUGAUUUGACCAGGGAAGGAGAGAGCUGAAUUUUUUUAGAGAAGACUGUUGACGUUCACAUGCUGGAUUCGUGUGCACGUCACAGGAAGAGGAUGAUUCUUCACAUGUUCACGUAGUGCUGCACUGCUUCACUCUGCUGAAAGACUGAUGGGACAUGUCAGCAGCCAGAGAGGCUUAUUAGCCUUAACCAUCAUGUGACCAACCUCCACUGGCCUUUGUGCUGCAGUUACCACAGUGAGCCACCAGGCUGAUCGGGACAGGAAGUCUGCCGGACCACCUGCAACUGAAUGUGGCCAAAUCUUUUAUUUAUUUAUGACUUUCAGCCACAACGUGUGGCCUUCCACUUUGGAUGAUGUUACUAAGUUACCAUGGAGAUUGUUGAUGCUUGAACGGGACAGUGGGUACUAUCAACAAUAUCAAUUCAUUUAGAGACAGGAUUGCUGUGUGUGAGCCAAUCUGCCAGGUUCUCACUUCAUGGAUCAUUUAACACUGAUCAUGAGCUCACACUGCCCUCG